AGAGAGAGAGAGAGAGAACAAGCAAAGGAGAGGGAGAGAGAGGAAUAGAAUCAUUAGAAGACAACAAUACAAUGGCUGGAGAUUAUUGAAAAUUAUAAAGACAAAAGCUUAAACAAAACAAAUGGAGAGAACUGAUUUCAAUAUAAUUUUCUACAAAUGCGGACAUUUUGGAAGUACUGGCAAUAACAAGUAGUACAACAAGUAAGAAAUACUGGUAAUAACAAGUAGUUGUACAAUUCAGUAUUAUAGUACAAGAAUUCGUCAAGAGGCCAAAACUCCAUAGUCUGUUUUACAUCUGGGCAAUACCAAACAAAUGAGGGAUGAAGUGAUUGUUGUUCUCAGAAUUUUUGCAGCGCUAUGUGAAUCUUUGACGAUGAAACUAAUAAUCCUCUCCUGCUUUGUGAUGCUCUCACACACCCAGCCUCCACCCUCUCUCUCGCUCCCAGUCAAAAUCUCUGUCCUUCCCCCAUGGCACUCUCUCAAUGUGUCUCAAGGUGAUCUGAGCCUCAUUUUUACCAACUCCAGCCCUUUCUCCUAUACGCAGUCCAUGUUACUCAUACCUCCUGUAGGAACUGACUCUAAACCAGUCCUCCAUGCUACAUUUGGUCCUUAUUCUGUGACUCAGCUUGUUUCUGACCCGUUAGCUUCAUUCUCUGUACCUCUAGUCGCAUACCUUCUUUCCAAAGAAACUGAACAAACAUGGGAUUCUGAGCGAGGGGAAGAUUUUACCAUUAGAGUGUUGUUCCACAUGAAAGGUAACUCAAGCAGAAGAACAUGUGUGACUCUUCAUGCUUUCAAACAGACAGAGGAGCAGAAAGCAUCAUGUAUUACCCAGCCUCCUCUAGGAUUGUGUGCAGUCACCAUGACUUUACCCAAAGACUGGUUUAAGCCUGAUCAGACUGUUCAACCACACCAGAGCCAAAAUUUCAGACGCCAUCAAUACAGGCGCCGAUCACGUAACCGCAUCCCGUCGGAGCAAAACUUCCCAGCAUCUCUCAGGGCCAAACAUGGAAUCUCCAGUGAUAUGAUCCAGCUCUACUACUCUUCCAUUGGCAGCAUGACCAACCAUAAAAUAUCACCUUCUAGAUGUGUGGCAGACAAGCAGUCACAGAGAAAUCUGUACUUCAUUGGAUCUGUGGCUCUCCCAGAUAAAGAAAAUAAAAAUAACAAACCAAUACAAGGUUUUUCCUGCUCCAGUGAAGUUGAACAGGAGGAACUAUGGUUGAAUUCAAAUGUACUUAUUUACUAUAACAAGGGGCCUGUGCAAGCUGGACAACCAGUUGGAGUUUCAUUGAAUCUAAGAGCAAAUUUUAGUGGAGAUUUCCUUAUUGUGAAGCUUAAACUAAAGAAAGGGUUACUGUCACUACGAGUCCACCCAAACAAAAACUCUCACAUGUGGGCUGUUAAAGUGGAGAAAACAUCAAGCUCCAAACAUAACACAAUCUCCAUAAUCUCUCACAGAACUGGUGCUGUUGUGGAGAGAAGUGGCACCUUGGUUCUGCAACUGGUGGCCUGUCUCUCAGUUGAGGGCAUACAGAGCAGCUUUAGAGUUGCAAUGACAGUUCCAGUAAACUGGUGGGUGGUGGACACAAUGCAUGAUAAGCUGAUUUCACCAUAUGGGGCAGUAACAACCUUCUUCUCCUUUACGGACAGAGAGAUAGUAGGCAUUGCUCCCAUCACAGAGAGAAACACAAUAAUGAACACAGCCAUCUUGUCUAGCCAACCGGUUUCUCUCCCGGUUAUAGUACUGGCUGUUGGGCAGGAUGGCAAAGUAUUAGAUAUUACAGCAGCUGUAAACUGUCAAUCAACUAAUGAAGACAUUGUCAAGGUAUCAAGUGAUUGCUCUGCUGUGUAUGUUGAUGGAAGUGAAUCUGGUGUGGGCAGUACAUGUGUAGAGGUGGAGUAUUCAUUGGGUAUCUUCACUAGCUCAUUAUGCCUGGCUGUAUGGGCUCCAGUAGUUCCUCUCCAUAUCUCUCUCUCAGAUACAGUCCUAAGCCCCAUUGAAGGCUGGAGCUACUACACAGACAGCAGAUGCACUCCAGUUUAUCAAAGGGCUACCAUACAGGUCUUUGCACAAUUUAGGGCACAUUCAGCCCAGGGACUUACCUACAUGCUUGGAUCACCCGAUUGGUUUGUAGAUGUAACAGACCUGGUUCGUGAUUCCCUGAGGAUAGAGAACUCUUGCGUCGCAGCCCUUCAUGAACAAAAUUAUGUCAUCGGUUUAGAGCCUGGAGUUACUUCACUAAAUCUGAUAUCUAAUCAGUGGGAUGGAGUUCUUGGCACGGUUGAUGUCACUGUAACCUCUGAGCCUGUGGCUCCGGGUGAUCUUUCUGUACAUUUAGUGGGUGGUCUUGGCCUCUUGGUCGCCUCAAGCUCUUCAAAUCCUUCAGUCAUCACAGCAACUGUGAUGUCUCAUAACACACUUUAUAACUAUGGACAAGAAGCUUCAUUCAGUGUUUGGCUACAGUUUGGCGAUGACACUGCCAUUCUGCUCACUGCUUUUAGUGAAUUCCCAUUCUCUCUACAUUUAUCCUCGUUGGCUGAGUCUGUGGUUGCUAUAACACCUGCCCCAUUGCAGCGUGUCCUUGCACAAGGAGAUGGUGGAGGGCCACUUGUGAAAGCAGAGCUUCUGGUCUCCACUUGUGAGCUUGUGUCUACCCACAUCAAGACGGAUGAGAUCAAAGAGAGAAGUGGAACUCGGAGACUGGCUAAAGGAUCAGGUUGGAUAAGGGUUAACCUAGAUGCAGAACUCUGGCCUCUAGAAAGUGAAGAUGUUAACUUUGAGAUGACCAGUGCAUUAGACACAUUUGCAAAGUUAAACACAAAUGUGUAUCACAACUCCGACCAGAAACAAGCAACCUUGAAGUCCACAAACUACGCUGAUAAAACAAGCAAUGACAUGAAUGCAUGGGAUGACUUGGAAAAUGCAGUACUGACACCCAACCACAAAGACGAUGCAGUAAAUAUUUCACCUGACAUAGAAAAUCGAGGGAGAAAUACAAAUCGACAUUUUGUACUCGGCGUUGGGGCUGUCUUCAUUUUGCUUUGUCUCUCCUUUAUUUUGUUCUUCGUCAAGUUUAUGCCAUGUGUGGUGAGAGAACCUGGGAAAAGACAAAGUAAAGAAAUGAGGAAACACAUGGACAGAGACAAAUUCACCCAGGAAGAAGAUAAUGAUAAGAAAUCAGAAUAUUCUGGAACAUGGUAGGGAAAGACAUGACAGUGAAGCAGCAGUGAUUUUGUAAAUACCUUCUUUCUGCUCUGAGAAACUUUGUUUCAGAUGAGAAAAAAUUUCAGCUGUGAAUUAAAAUAUUAUAUAGUAAAAUAAUCUCUUGUCAGCAGUUUAACAUAAAUACCAAACAAUCUAUUAACUUUUCACCAUUUUAUAAAAAACCAAAAGUAUUUUAUUGUUUUGUGGGCUAAUUUCAAUAUAUAUUUGACAUUUUCGUGUAUAAUAAUUACAAAAGAAAAUUAGUUGCUUAGUAAACAUAUUUCCCGGAACUAAUUAAAAAUGAUUGUAUUAUCUUGCAGACAUUAAUAAAUUGGCCG